CCCCAUCAACCAUUACAACUAACCCAUCAAAAAAUCAUCAAUUUGUCCACCGCGACAACUACUUUCAUCCAUCAAACCACAUUCCUAACACUUCUAAACUCCUUCAAAAUGACUGGACGCGGCAAGGGUGGCAAGGGUCUCGGCAAGGGUGGUGCCAAGCGUCACCGCAAGAUUCUUCGUGACAACAUCCAGGGUAUCACCAAGCCUGCCAUUCGACGUCUCGCUCGUCGUGGUGGUGUCAAGCGUAUCUCUGCCAUGAUCUACGAGGAGACCCGCUCCGUUCUCAAGUCCUUCCUUGAGGGUGUCAUUCGUGAUGCUGUCACCUACACUGAGCACGCCAAGCGCAAGACCGUCACCUCCCUUGACGUCGUCUACGCCCUCAAGCGCCAGGGCCGUACCCUCUACGGUUUCGGUGGUUAAGCGUCUUGUCCGUCUACCACACUUGCCUGAUUACGUUCGGGAAAGGCUGCUCGGAAGUUGAUUGUCUCUUUACAUGAGGCAAGCGAUCCAUCUAGAGAGACCGGGGACUAUUGGGGAUGGUUUUGGUGUACAAUGGUGCAGCUCAUGCAGCACCCGCGUGGCAGAUUACAUUUGUUUUCGGCGUUGGGGAUUCACGGAUUACUCGGAAUGACAAGGCUCGGGUAGGCAUGAUGGCCAUUGAUUGACAGACAAUUGCGCUGCGAAAUAUACUUGAUGAACAUAAAA